AUGUUUGCAAACGUGAGUUUUUUCUUACCCAAGGCACCCAGGGCGAGCUACAAGUGCGUUCGUGUGGGUCAUGUGCGGUUUCCGACUGCCACGGCUCGUGGUCGACGUCCGCGAAUGUGUGUGAACGGCCUGGAUUCGCUUCAAAGAGCACCGCCACGACUUGACGAAAACUCGCGCAGAGCUCUCUGGAAACGCAUCUUUCAUCUCGAAGAGGAAGUUCGACGUGCUGUGGAAGAAGAGCGUUUCGAGGAUGCGGCACGUUUGCGAGAUGAAGCGCACGAAGCGCGUCAAACGGACCGCUUCGUCUACCUCAAGCAGGCGUUGCUGAAAGCUGAGGAGGCAAAGCGCGAAGAGGAGAUUCAAGCGCUCCGUGAGGCGCUGUCGAAGGAGUCGCCGCCGCCAGUGGAACAUGCUGUGGAAAAACGUACCGGACCACAGAAAAAAGACACUGGUCGCAAGGCGUCCGACACGAGAAGGAGCGCGUUCCCGGAGGCGGGUCGAAAGCGGGGCUCAAGGCAUCCGAAACCCUCGCCGGAGCUCUCGGCUGCCUUGAAGCGACUUGAAGCAGCCUUCGGUUCGACGCCGAAUCCAGCGCCUGCUUCUUCACAAGAGGCGGAGCAGAGACUAACAAACGUUACCGACACGGUGGACAAUGGUGUCCGCGUUCGCGUGGAAACAUUCUAUCGUCUCGAAGACUCCAAACCUGAGGCAGGGGAGUAUCUCUUCGGGUAUAACGUCCGCAUUGUGAAUGAGACGUCGAAGACCAUCCAGCUCGUUGCCCGCUAUUGGCGUAUUCAGACAAAGGAGGGCCUCGUUUCCGAGGUUCGCGGCCCCGGCGUGAUUGGCAAGCAACCCGUGCUGGAGCGCGGUGAGGAGUUCACUUACACUUCGGCAUGCCCCAUAAAACUCAAGAGGCCUGCUGCGGCGGGCGAGUUGGUUGGGUCAAUGGAAGGCUCGUACCGGUUUGUGACUGGCGCAUUGGGUGAACUCAGUUUCGAAGUGAAAAUUGGGCGCUUUGGUUUCUUUAUCUGA